GUGCAUUUGAAACACACCAGGGCCGAAAAUCGAAUUCCGCACCCUUUUUAAGAAUACGAAUUAAAAACGGAACACGGUUCAAAUUUAUAUUAAAUUGAAAAUAAAAAAUAGUCGUAGAUAAAAUACAUGUCAAGAUAUGUUUAUAAACACUGGAGAGGUUUCAGAAGCCCAUUGAGCAGAGGGGGUGAUAAGGGCGACGGUGUGAAACUGAUUAAAAUAUUGAUAAACGUUUUAUUCUCAUAACACAAGAACCGUGUACAAGCAAAAUGGUUGUCAGCUGGUCUCCGGAGCCUUCCAAAUGUAUGGACGGUGGAGUGUUUUCUCUCAGAGAAAAUCACAUUAAUUUGGAUACAGAAGACAGUGAAGAUGAAGCGAUUGCAACUCCUUAUUUUGGAUAUGAACUUUUACCUCAUGAGUCUUCAAACAUAAACAAUGGAGAUGGGGAAACUCACUCUGAUGGAGACAGCUCAGAGCCGGAAGAAGCUACAAUCCACAGUAUUGAACAGUCCAUAACUAUCAACAAUCUUUCAGAUGAAUCAUCUGGGGAAGAAACCAUCAGAUCGGAUAUUGAAAUUAAUCCUGAAGAAGUGAGGUCGAUAAUGAGUAACAUUACACUUCCUCCCUCUUCAUUUCCAACUUGGGCUUGCAACAUUCCGGAAUCACAAUGGACGUCCUAUCUUGUCUCUAGGAUAACCAACAUGCAAAAUGAAAAUAAAGAAAAGUAAAUCUUUACUGUUUAAAAUUUAUCACUUGUUGGUGAUAACUGUGCAGAUAAUUUAUUGAAAUAGAAAUUUGAUAAGAUUAUUUAUUAACAGAAAAGAAAGGGGGCCUUAAUGUUUUACUCACUAUAUUUGUAGAAAUAGUGCAUAAACAAUAAAAUUAUUUAAAAAAGAUUGCAUGCCUCACAAAAUUAACAUUAUUAUCUCAGCUCUUCCUCAAUGUUAUAAAAACAUACUUAUGUACUGAUUAUAAAAAUAAAAUAAACUUUGCAAGUGCUAAUAUAAUAAUUA